GACUUAGUUAGGGCGAGCUUUAUGCUCUCGCUCGUUGAGAGCAGAAUCGGAAAACAACAACAGAAACUGUAUCGAUCACCACACACGGGUCUGCUGCUCCAAGAAGGUCACGGUUAGAUCGCGACGAUCUCGAGCGAACAGUGUUUGUGCAAACGUCGAACCAGCGGGUUGGCUAUCUAACAGGGCUCUCUCCCUUCCGCGUUUCGUUUCGUUUCGGGUUUUUUGUUCUCCAUCGGUUUUGUUUUCCCCCGAAAGGUCGUCGUUGGGUUCUGGGACUCUCAGUCUGGUCCACACAGUUUGUUGUGCAGUGUGAUUCUGUUGUUAUUGUCAGUUCGCGUCGUGAAAGUGCAUUCGAAGUGAUCACGACGCCCGAGAGGACUUGGUCUUGGGUUUUUGUCAGUCUCCCUUUUUUCCGAACCCCGUCGGCAUCGGUUCUGAAUUACUGUGCAAUAACUCCGCGCUCCGCGGUACCUGAACGUUGAAGAAGUUUUAUUAUUGUUACACACCCCCACAAAUGAUAAGAGUAAUUUAUGGUUCUGAUCGAAGAUCAUCCGCCGGAGCAAACUUUGUCGUUUGAGAGCAAUGUCAGCUGUCAGUGACCGGUAGUGAAAGCUGAGUGAUUCGAUUUGUGCCAAAAGAAAGAGAGCGAAACAGAUCAGCAACAGAAUAAAAGGGCUCGCAAGUGCAUGACUUCAGUGCAAGUGUUUUGAUUGAUUUUCGGAGUGAUUGUGCGAUGGAGACCUGUGUGUUGAUACCGCAGGAGUUUGCCCUGGCCGUGACCGGCGUUGGGGCGCGCAACUCCCGCGAGCAAACGGCGACCGUUUGGUCGAACACGACGAUCGCCCAGGGGACCCUGUGCUACCCCUUCCAGGGCACCGUCCGGAUCGAUAAUCUGGAGCUGUACAGCUACGUGGAUGAGGAUGAUAUUCGCCACCGUUUCGGGUUGUACGACGAAAUCACCACCGCGAACGGGAGGCGAGUGCGCCACUGCAACUGGAUUCGUUUCCUGCGGGUGUCGGAAACGUACGGACCCCAGGUGAACGUGGUCUGCGCCAAGGUCAAAGGAGAGCCGAUUUAUGAAAUCGUCAAACCCAUCCCGUCCCACCAGGAGCUGGUGGUGUACUACCUCCCCGAGGGACCCGAGGAGCUGUUCUUCAUCCGGAUGCGGAGCCAGCUCUACCGGCAGACGAUGGACUCCAUUCUGGAAGAUUCCCCGCUCGAUCUGUCCACCUCGCUACUGUCCCGCGUGAUGCUACCGAUCUCACCCCCCUCCGGCACCGAGGACGAGCGCAAGUCCGUCUCGGGCGACAGUUCGAUUUCAAUCUCGUCCGGGGCCAGUACGAGUGGGGGCGAUCUGGAGAGUGUACUCGCACCGCCCUCCCGUAGCUCGCCGAAGGCGCGACCCUCGCGGGGCGAACGGGCCAUGCUACCGUGCGAGGUCUGCGGCAAGGCCUUCGAUCGUCCUAGUCUGCUGAAGAGGCACAUGCGAACGCACACCGGCGAGAAGCCCCACGUCUGUGGCGUCUGCGGGAAAGGAUUCAGCACCUCGAGCUCGCUCAACACCCACGUGCGGAUCCACAGCGGCGAGAAGCCCCACCAGUGUCAGGUGUGCGGCAAGCGGUUCACCGCCAGCUCCAAUCUGUACUACCACCGGAUGACGCACAUUAAGGACAAACCCCACAAGUGCAGCCUCUGCUCGAAGUCCUUCCCGACGCCGGGCGAUCUCAAGUCCCACAUGUAUGUCCACAACGGUUCGUGGCCCUUCAAGUGUCACAUCUGCUCCCGAGGCUUCUCCAAACAGACCAACCUGAAAAAUCACCUCUUCCUGCACACCGGUGACAAGCCGCACGUCUGCGAGGUGUGCAACAAAUCCUUCGCGCUGGCCUGCAACCUGAAGGCGCACAUGAAGACCCACGAGGAGAACCCGAACGGGCACGAGGGUGAAUCCCCCCAGCGAGGGGGACCGGGCAGCCAGGAGGGGAGCCACAGCGAGGGCGAAGAAUCGAGUCCGGCGCUCGCGUUCGAGAAGGCCGAGGAGCGGCUGAAUUUCUCCAAACAUCUGCUGUUCUCCAACUACACCAAGCAGAUGCUGUCGGGCGUUGGCUGAGCCCUUGAUCCGUUGAACGGGUUCCACCGGAGAGAGAGAGAGAGAGAGAGAGAGAGCGAGAGGCAGAUAACUAAAAAAAAGUUGCACUCACUAAUCAUCACUCACUUAACAUUGGAGAGGGGGAGAUGGGAGGGAGCUUGCGAGCAACAGUGCACACGGUGUGGCGCUGCUAACUACUUGCACUUGUAAAUAUAGGGCACUUCGACGUUUAGUUUUUCACCUGAGUCGCGGUUUUUAUUAUUUUAUUUCGUGUACAUUAAUUUUCUAAUGUGGAGCGUUGAUCUUUCCAAGCCUUUUUCGUGUCGGAGAAAGAGAGGAGAUAUAUUUGUGUUUUUAUAUAGUCGCCGGGCGCACUGCUGUAAAUAGAUCUGACUUUGAAAUCAAAAGAAUUUAAGGAAAAACAGGAACAAAUGAACUACUAAGUUUUGUGAUUAAUCCCAGUAUCAGCAUCUGAGAGAGAAAGAGAUUUUUAUGAUAAUAAAUUAAACUGUACAGUAACUGUCGAAAUAUUA